AUGAGUUUGGAGACCUGCCCCGGAAAUAUUACAGUUUCCAGUCUUGAGGAUAUCCAGGAAGGACCGUUCAGACGAUGUGACGGGCCGAUAGACAACCUCCUAAUCACAAGCUCGACUGAUAAGCAGCUCAACUUUACGUCGCGGCCUUUGGCGGUUCCUAUCUCGAAUAUUCUUGUCCAAGAUAAUCCAGCGUUGGAGAAGAUACAGCUUCCAUUUCAAAUUGUCGACUUAUCGGAUCGUGAACUUGGAAGAGUCGAAAUCACGGGAAGCCCAGCCCUGAAAGAUAUUGAUUGCUCACACUUAUCUCAGUACAGCCAAAAGAAUUUCAGUAUAUCUGACAUCUCUGAUGGGACUAUCGACUUCGAUCGUGACGCCAGUGCCAGCGAGAUUUACUUAAGAAACAACGUUAUCAGCAUCAAAAAUCUCCCGGAGUUGAGCCUCUUGAAGUCGGUAGGCACAGUUUUCACCCUGUGGAAUGUGUCUGAAAUACAUACCAUGGAGGUUCAGCAAGCUCAUCCCACAUACUGGUUUUGGAGAGAUCUUCAAAGUAUUGACACAAUCAUAUGGACAAAUAUAUCUACCGGCUUCACUGGCGGAAGCCAGUACGAGAUACGGAACGACAUGAUCGUGGGACCUUCCAUCCUCGACAAGCCUCCACCGAUUGAGUGGGUAAAUGGCAACAUGGUCACUUCCAUGAUGUUCGAAAACGUGGUUUCAAUUGGCAGAAAUCUGAAUAUAACAGAAAACAUGUUUAUUACCAUUGACGUUCCCAACCUCGAGAAAGUUUCCGGCGGCCUGAAUAUAGAGGGUAAUGUCAAUUGCACUCUGAAUUUCAAUACAAUCACUCGGAUUGGAUCUCUAUAUGCUGUCAACAAUCCAUUCACUACAUUGCCCGGAUGGUUUCCAGAGCUAGAAGAAGCCGACGAUAUUUACUUGAAUGGGUAUAUUGACCCUUCGCGCGCAUCCAACAUAUUUCCCAGUUUGAAAAUUGUGCACAACAGCAUUCGACUCGAGCCUUGGAACUCGGACUUUAAUUGCACACAUUUCCUUGCCCAAGCCAACAAUCUUGGCUUUGGAGGCACACCAUAUUGCAACAGUACAACAGACGACUCGAGUAUCACACCCGAGAGCAUACCGACGUCGGGAAGUGCGACCUCUAACGCCCCGCCCUCACAGACGUCAUCGUCAAACUCGCCACCGCCGUCAAGCUCAUCGCCAAUCAGCCCUGCGAGUAUACUCUCGCCAGGGGCUUGGGGUGGCAUCGGUGCCGGCAUCGCCGUGGUGCUCAUUGGCGGCGGCGGCCUGGCCUACCUGCUCUUGCGCCUCGCCAGUUACAAGAAGAAGCUGCGGCAGCAGCAGCAAGGGCAUGCAGGACAAGAAGGGCAGGAUGUCAAUGGAUGCCCCGUGGAUGGGCCAGAGCAGAAGGAGACUGCUGCGAGGGGAGUGAUACGAUAUGAAGCAGACGGUGCGCAGAUCCUGGAGUCUGCGAAUAGACAAGUAGCUCCUCAACCUAGAGAACCGGGAAACACUGCUGUACCGGCAGAGAUGGGGGCGCCGAGGCUGUUGGUAGAGCUGCCUUAG